AUGAAUAUCUUGAGUUUGCUGAGUGAAGAAGUGUUCGAUUUCGGCAGCCAAAAUCUAACUCAGGCCAAGGAGCAACACUUGAAACAGCAGUUUUGCGGUCAAUUCCAGGAAGUUUUCACUCUUUGCAUAACAAUUCUUGAAAAAUGUCCUGCAAAUUCGAUUGUGGAAGCAACACUGAAAACUUUGCAUCGUUUUCUUUCAUGGAUUCCGGUGGGAUACGUGUUUGAGACGAACAUCACGCAGCUGCUCAGUGAAAACUUUCUGUCACUGGAAGUCUAUCGGGUGGUCACGCUCCAAUGUUUAACGGAAAUUUCCAUGAUACAAAUUGAAGCUGAGGAUAAUGCUUACAAAGAGAAGCUUUGCGCAAUGUUUUGUGCGACCAUCAAGGAGAUCGGAAGUUUGCUUGGUGAAAGAGCAGAUCUUGCUACUGCUUAUCAGAAAGGAACCGAUCAAGAUCAGAAGUUCAUCUCAUGCUUGGCACAAUUCCUUGUGGCGUUCUUGAAGGAUCAUUCUGCGCUUGUUGAGAACUACAACCCAGCUUGUCCGCAAGUCACAGAAUAUCACAAAUACGCCAUAGAACUACUUCUUUCAAUCAGUCAAGUCGAAGACGUGGAAAUUUUCAAGGUUAGUCAUCUUUUUUCGUAUGUCUGUCAUGUGCGCGAUGUCAUUUCCAUCUUUUUAUUAGUCUGGACAUAAUU